AUGCCUUGUAAUAUUCAUAGGCCAACCCAAAAUAGCAAAGAUGGUGGUUUAGACAACAAUUUGAUUGGUCAAUUUGGUGUGGGAGUUUAUUAUGUCUUCCAAGUUGUUGAUAAGGAACUUAGAAGACGAGGUCUUAAAGUUGUGGUUAUCGGGAUAACAAAAACUAUCGAUUAUGACAUUCCGAUUAUUGAUAAAUCAUUUGGAUUUGAUAAUGUUGUUGAGGAGGCUCAACGCGCGAUUAACGCAACAAAUUCUGAAGAAGAGACCAACGAGAAUUGUAUAGGACUUGUUAAGUUAAUGGGACGUAAUAAUGCUCUUGCAAGCCUAGAUGUUGAUUAUUGUUUGAUCCCUGAGUGCCUGGGUCACCUUUCUAUCGUGAAGGGCAUGGUGGUCUUUUUAAACAUAUAG